GGCAUAUGGCAACCAGUGCCCCGGCUUUGACUAUGACGCGUUCAUCAAGAACACCUUCAUCCACUUCCCGGCGCCUCCGGAGCCAGAGUUGCUCCAACGGGGACGUACGGCGCCAGCUCAAGUUCACGAGGACAAGGUAGCUGCCGGACUGGAACCCGACUCGGAGCCUGAAUCGGAACCUCAGCAGCUCCCGGACUUCACUAAGUUCGAUGCCGAGCAUGUUCCUCUCCCUGACAUGCUUUGCCGUCACAGAACACAUGAUGUCUUCGAGCACUUCGAUGGCGAGGGUCUCAUGCCGCAGUGGCCCUGUUACCAGGUCGAAAGCAUGCCAGUCCCAGAGCAGAUGGAGAAUAUGCAGUACAAUGCCUAUGGCCAAGGGAACACGAACGAGAUGGAGUUCGUGCCGGCCUGGGAUGGACAGAUUGGAGUCCCCUCAGGGGGCGAGGUGAUGCAUCCAGCACCUGGUACAGCGGUGUUCGUCUUGCACCCUCCUCCGUGUGUGGCUCCAGACGGUGGCUUCAAUGGCACACAGCCCUACCUGAUGCCCGUGCACUUCAGUCCGAUGAACUCCAUAAGCCCGGAGAGUCAUGAUUGGCAAUCUCCACCGAAUUGGUCUGGAGAAGAUCCACAGCCCGAGCUCCAGUUCAUGCCGCCGGUUGUGCCCGUGCACAGCUUUUUUCCAGGGGCAGGUGAGCAGGAGGCCGACCAACAGAUCCUCACAUUCCGCAAGGAAGACUUGCUCCCGGAGCGUGAGGAGCAUCCCCAACGUUCUCUGUCUGAGCACGACAGGUUCUGGGAUGGACUCGGGGUGGAGCUGCUGCAUCAGCCUCAGAAAAUUGGCAGGUCUCAGAACAUGGAUCACGUUUAUUGGGUGGUGGAUUCCAACAAGCUGAACGACAAGGCCAAAGUUUUGGUCUCGCCAGAGUUCAAGGUGACGGCCUCGGGCGACCAGUUGAGCUUCAAGAUGGUUAUGUAUCCCAAAGACCGAACAUCAUUCCGCCAGGCCGAAGGGCAAGGAUUUGUACAGUUGAAAUGCGAGAGCGACACCCAAGACUUCGACGAGUGCUCGCUUUCCUUUCGUCUUGCCAUUUGCAACGGCCGCUCGGGUGAAAAAGCCAAACGGAAUGGUCCUGGAAACCCGGUCACCUGGGACUUCAAGAGGAGCUUGGUCUGCGAUGACGAUGAGGUGAAGAAGACUUGGAACUUCAAGGAUGUCGUCGACGACAAGACUAGGACUUUUGCAGUUUGCAUCGAGAUUCUCUCGGCUGUGGCCACGAAGCCCUGA